AUGGAUCGGCGAUCAACGUCGAUCCCCACCGAGACGGAUCGGAAGAUUUGGUCCCAGCCCAGCGACGGCGUCACGCGGUCUCGAUCGCCUGCUGCCACCGCGCACUCCUCGGCCCUCAACGAGUGGCAAUCUGCCCGACUGGUCAUCUCGCGGUACGCUAGCUCGUCCCAGCCACCCGUGCCUGCUCGUCUCCAUUUCAUACCCUCGAUCGAGCCAGUCCAGACACCCCCCGCCAAGCCCACUCUCGUUGCAAAGCAGCUCGCCCGACUUCAUAUCCGACACUCGCUCAGCGCAAUUUCCACUUUGACAGCCUUGCUUUGA